GUCACUGGACAUUGACAGCUCAGUGAUUGUAGAGAGGUCGUGCAGUGAGCAAGUACGUUUGAAAUGUCAAUAUUGUUUAUAAAAUGAGCUCGUUCGUUUUGAAAGGUUUUCUUUUUAAUUUCAUGGUCAGCUUUGUUUUUACUUUCGCGGUACCAUUCGAAGGAUUGUACAAGUUGGAUAUUAUUCAUUACAAUGAUUUUCACGCCAGAUUCGAAGAGACGUCAGUAGAAACUCCAACAUGCCGAGUCAACAACAACUCCUGCCUCGGUGGUUUUCCAAGACUCUACAAGAAGAUAGAAUCGUUACGGAAAAAGCAACCGUAUUCAAUACUGUUGAAUGCAGGCGACAGUUUCCAGGGCACCUACUGGUAUACGUUGCUGAAGUGGAACGUUACGCAGGAGUUUAUGAACCUAUUGGAACAUGAUGCUCAUGCCAUUGGCAACCACGAGUUUGAUGAUGGUCCUGAAGGCUUGGCGCCAUAUCUCAGAGCUCUCAAAGCACCAGUCCUAGCAGCCAAUAUGGACACUAGCAAUGCGCCGGUCUUACAAGGACUGUAUAAGGGACACAUAAUUAUCGAGCGGAAGAAAAGGAAGAUUGGUAUCAUCGGGCUUAUCACUCAAGAUACAAAGUUUUUGUCCUCGCCCGGUAAUGUGGAGUUCACUGACCCACUAGAAGCUGUGAAACGGGAAGCUAAAGAACUCAACGACAAAGGAGUUGAUAUCAUUAUUGUUCUGUCUCAUUGCGGCCUUGAAAUUGACAAAAAAAUAGCCGAGGACUGCGGAGAGUACGUAGACAUUAUAGUCGGUGGACACUCACAUUCUCUGCUAUGGAACGGGCCGGCUCCAAGUGGUGAAGCAGUGGCAGGACCUUACCCUGUUUUUGUUGAAUCUUCCGCUAAUAAGAAGCAUAAGGUCGUAAUAGUGCAAGCCUCAGCGUUCACCAAGUAUAUGGGCAACUUGAUAGUUUAUUUCGACUAUCGCGGUAACUACGUCAAAUGGGAAGGUGGACCAAUUUUCCUUGACAGAAAUGAACCAGAAGAUAUGGAAAUUAAAGAAAGGCUUGCGCCAUACGCUGACUUAGUGCACAAUGCUGAAAAAGAGGUUAUUGGGGAAAGUAAAACGACGCUACAUUUCGAGGACUGUGUGUUUGGAGAGUGCGCCCUUGGAGAUUUGUUUGUGGAUGCAUUGACUGAAUUUGCAAAGUCCUUACGAUCGGAAUUCCAUUACAUAUCGUUCAAUCAACGAGGCAACAUCAAAUCAUCAAUAACUAGUGGACAAAUAACCAAAGGCGUAAUUUUCGAACUGUUACCUUUCAACGACCGCAUCGAAACGUUUGAACUCCAGGGCAAGGAUGUUUUAUUGGCACUCGAGAGAAGCGUCUCUAAUGCGUGGGACAUGGACCCAUUCAAGGGUCCUUUUGUGCUGCAGGUUUCAGGUCUCCAAGUUACAUACAAUGUUUCGCUGCCAGAAGGUCAGCGUGUGACGUCAGUGUACUUGGGCAACAGUAUAGACUCCAACGUACCGCUGGACCCUUCAGUUUCCUAUCACAUGGUCGUGCCAGCUUAUUUGGCUGACGGUGGUGAUGGAUUUACCAUGUUAAAGGACGGCAAAAAGAACGUCGAUAUUGUUGGUCGUGAUCAGAAAGUUCUAGAAACAUACAUUAAGAAGCAUUCGCCGAUCGAUGUAUCUAAGGACGGAAGAAUCGUUAUUAAUUCGUAAAGCAUAAUAACAUUUUAAUAGGCUUAUUUUAAUUUUUAUUUACCGAAAUAAAUAAUUAUUUAUUUA